UGCUACCUUCAUUACCUCCUACUUCCGGUGUAAAUCAUUUAUAUUAUUUGUGGUAUGUUUAGUGUUUAUAUUGAUUGAGGUGUUUACGAUUUUAACUACAUUCUGCGAACGAGACGGAUUUGUCUUCUGUGUCUUAUUGUAGAGGUUAAUUUGACCGGAUAGUACUAUCUAUGUAUCUUUUCCGUGGUUACAUUGUGAUUGUACAGAAUUAAGUCUACGAGGGCGUACGAAUAUGUGGAGACAGUUAUUGAAGCCGGUGAUACAGCUGAGGCAUUCAGAUAAUCAUCUGUUGUUCAUUUCACACCAAAAUGUAUACCAGCAGUUCCGGACGACUUUCAUUUUGAAGCGCAGGUGGCCACCUGGCUUGGUCAAGAAAGGCCGUGACCCUUCUACAAGGAAAAUGCGAGCACGACAUUUUAUUUACGAUCUUGUAGAAGAUACAAAUGUACGAAAAAAGAGACAGUUGGAGGUUAUAUUGACUGAUUUCGUAGCAGGCCUUGGAAAUCGUGGAGAUCGUUUAAUUAUGAAGCAAAAAGCUGCAUAUCAUCAACUGUUACUGCCUGGAUUAGCUGUAUAUGCAUCACCGGAAAACAUAGAGAAAUUUUCUCUUUCCAAAGAUGAUGUUGAUUACAAACCUAAAUAUAGUUCACCAUUUGUUUUGAAAACAAUUAGCAUUCUGCAAUGUACGAAUGUAAUAGUAUUAAUGAACAAGGAUGUUCCUUGGACAAUUGAACCUUGGCAUAUAAGAAUGUCAUUUCGGAAAGCUGGAAUUCAUGUCCCAGAUGAUGCCAUUUUGUUGCCAGAAAAACCAAUUUGUGGUCCAAAUAUGGAGUUGGAAAAUAAAUUUUUUGAGGUUACAGUGACAAUAAACAAUACAGAAAAGGUUCCUGUAAAGUGUGUCAUUCAUCAUUGGAGUACUUAUGUCAGUGAUAAGUUGACACCUGCAGAGGACUUCGCUAACCAACCACAAACUCCAUUAUUUCCUGUUACUGCAUCAGAAAUGGAUUCUGAUGCCAGUUCCAAUUUGAGCACUGAUACGCAGAAUAUGCAAUAGUUUCAGAAUAUUUUCUUGUUUGCAAAAUGCUGUAAUCAUUAAUCAAGUAGAAUCUUGAUAAAGCUUGUCAGGUUGGGCAUAUUCUCUGUGCAAAUAUUCAUCAUUGUGGUAAUUAUUCGUGUUGUAGCAUUUAUAAUUACUGAGAAUGUACUGUGUACUAUUGAGUAUUAAGAAGCAGAUUAAUAAUAUAUAUUAUUCUUGUGUGCCAACCACAUUGCAA